GGAAUUUAAAAAAAUGUUCGUUUUUUCGUGAAGAUUUUGUACAGUAGGGGUUUGCUUAUUAUGAAAAAAGGUCAACCUGUUGUGACAGCGAAUCAUGUAGCAGACGAUGAUUUAAACCAAUGUUCGGAAUCCCAGUGUAUGAUCCACGCUCAUUAUGUUUUACAAAUCUUACAAAUUCACCGCAAAAGUGGAAUGUUUUGUGAUAUUUUAGUAAGGACAAACGACCAAACAUUUCACGCCCACAGGUCCCUUCUUGCCGCAUGCAGUUUGUAUUUUAGAAGCAACUUACCCACCGAUCCAAACAACCAAGUUUACGAAGUCGUUCUACCUCAAGUUACAUCGGUUGGAUUCGAUGUCCUGCUUAACUACAUGUAUACCGGGAUCCUUGGGAUUAACAGUGAAAAUAUUAAGGAUGUUAUUUCGGGAGCUAUGGCUCUUAAGAUGACAAACGUGGUAGAGACUUGCUAUCAGUUUGUUAAUUCAUCGCAAUAUAUGGAAACAGAUCAAAUGUACGAAUACGAACAAAACAAUCAUAUGAGCACAGAUUCCGACGCCACUAUGUUUCAUGAUCAAAACAAACUAUCGGAUCAAAUGCACGACGAAAAUCCUAAAUCGGAGAGUGAGUGGGUUGAAUCGACGAGUUUGUCUCGUAAACCUCGUCGUACCACUGGGGGGCAGAAGUGUUUAUGGCCGGGGUGUGGACGGCACUUCCGACAUCGGAAUAUUUACGAGGAACAUCAGAGGUUACAUGAACUUGGUGUGUCAG